AUGCACGAGGGAAUUGUUCUUUUCUGUCGACUGCGUGCUGUCCGUAGCGUCCGGGUUAACAUUGGCAACAUUUACCUCGCCCAAGGCAGGCACGGCGAGGCUCUGAAGAUGUACCACAUCGCCUUGGAUUCGACUCCGGCAAACAGCAAUUUUCUCCGUUGCAAGUUACUGAAGACAAUUGGGGACGCAUACUUCCUCGCAGGAAAGUUUACGGAGGCAACAGCAACAUACGAACAGCUUCUCAAAGUCCGAGCGCAACUGGGCUGGAGCGUCUCAGCCUUCUUGCCACGUGGCCUUCGAGGUCCCAGCCGCUGUGUCUCUGUCGAGAGCGAGAGUCUAAACCUGCUUCUGUGUUACUAUGCCGCCGGGAACAAAGCGAAGAUGCAAGAGCACUUCUUGCACAUGCUUGUUAUGCAGGACGACAUGUCGGGCACAGAUGAACUGGUUGAGGAUGAUGAGGAUGACGACGAGGAUCAGCUCUCGCCUUCGUCGAUGUCUCCGCUUAUCGUCGCAGCGCAGAGCGCUUCUUUCUGCGGUGCUUCCUCGUGUUGCCCGUUCCCUGACAACUCACCGAAUCAUGGUGCUGCUUGUUCUCCUCCAUCGUCACAAAACUCAUCAUCCAGUGGAGCGGACUUAUCCCCUGCAUCCGGGGAGCCAGACGGUUUCACUCAAUUGAUCUGCCAGCGACGUAAACAGACCUACCGGAGACUGGUUUUGGCAGGUGGCCUCAUUGCGCAAGCCCUGGCCGGGAAUGUCACAGGAUCUCUUGCUGCGAAUUUGCAGUCCGCAUUCGACUGGGUAAUCGAAUGUUUCAGAAGCCAUGGGUACAGAGAGCUGGCAUACGAGAUCGAGAUGCACAAGGCCAACGCACUUUUGCGCCUGAAAUGCGGGGUGGAUACGGCGGUGAAGAUCUACAGAAGCUUUGAACACGUUGAACGGCACCAUGCAGUUCUGACGCCGCGAGCCUCGACGAAUCUAUCCUUCAUUUACAUUCUCGAAAACGACCUCCCGCAGGCCACGAAAUACGCUGAUAUCGCUCUCUCUGCGGACCGGUACAACGCACAUGCUCUCGUUAACAAGGGGUGCUGCCUACUCCUCGCCGGCAAGCGACAGGAAGCGCGACACCACUUCCUGGAGGCACUUGGGCUCGAUGCUGAGUGUGUUGAGGCCCUCUACAAUUUUGGCCUUGCCUGCAAAAUCGAUGACCAACUUGACGAGGCUCUAGAGGCAUUCUCAAGGUUCAACCAAAUCCUUCCGAGUCAGCCCGAGGUUCUGUACCACCUCGGGGAUAUCAGCGAGUCUAUGGGUCAGUACGAGAAAACGAUGGAGUGGUUUUCGCUGCUCACAUCUCCUGGAGUUCGGCCGACGGAUGCCCGCAUCCUGGGACGCAUGGGUGCAGCGGCGGCCGCCCAUUCUCAAGACGACGAGGAUAAACAAGCGCUCCACUAUUUCCUCAGCUCAUACAGCUACUACCCGUACUCGGUGGAUGUCAUCACGUGGCUCGGCGUGUACUUCGUGAAGCAGCAGCUGUUUGACAAGGCCGCAGAGUUUUUCCACCGCGCGGCAGCUCUGCAACCUGCAGAACCUAAGUGGCUGCUCAUGGUCGCGUCCUGCUACCGCCGAAGCGAGAAUUUCCCUCUCGCUCUCGCCCUAUACAAAAAGGUGCACCGCGAGCACCCGGCUGACGUCGAGUGCCUCCGGUGUCUAGUCACCGUCUGCAAAGAAAUGCGGAUCCCGGACGACCAGUAUGCGGCGCUCCUGCGAAAAGCAGAAAAUGCGCAGCAGAUAAUUUACGGGCUUCAGCCCCGCGGUGCGUCUUCUGCACGUCUGGAGGAACGACAACCAAUAGUCCAGAGUGGGAGGACGACGCAGAUCCGCUCCCUGGGAGCGCGACAGAAAACGCUGGCGCUAACUGACGGCGCGGCACCAGAAGAGGAUAUGGCGAUCAUAGAGAACUUGGUUUUCUGA